AUGGCUGUCAUGGAUCCCUUCACCGCCGACCUACUUUCGGGUCCUUCCCUCCCCGGCGCCUUCUCAUGCGCCGCCGACCACCGCAUGGAGUUUGACGACGCCUACCUCCGGGCGAUCGGCGCACUCCCUCCUCUUUCGACUGUCCACCUCGCUCCCCCCCACCUCCACCACGCCGCGCUCAAAGAUUCCGUGGAGCUCCCGGCGACGCUGUAUGCCGCCACAGUCGACGCCCAUCUUUUUCCCCCGCCGUUCGAGGUGCCCUUGCCGUCCCUGCUUCCGGACCGCGUCGUCCCGGACUCCAAGAACACGGCGGCACGCCCGCAUCUGUCCGGCUUCGAAUUCGCUCCCACGCCCGCCGAUCACGCCGCCGCACUCGAAUGUUCCGUGGAGCUCCCGGCGACGUGCCAGCUGUACGCCGCCGCACUCGACGCCCAUCUUUUUCACCCAUCCUUGGAGGUGCCCGCACCGUCCCUGCUCCCGGACCGCGUCGUCCCGGACUGCAAGAACUCGGCCACGCGUCCGCGGCUCUCCGACUACGACAUUGACAUCGACUUCAACCUCCGGGAGAUGGAGAAGAACGUCGAGGAGCGGCCUUCGCCGGACUACCUGAACACGGUGCAGGGAGAUCGGAUGAGCCUAUCGAUGCGUGCCACCCUCGUCUUCUGGAUGGACGACUUCACCCGGCACUACGACCUGGCCCCUGGCACGCUUCACCGCGCCGUCUCCUACGUCGACCGCGUCCUGUCGGCGCGAACCUUGUCUACAGCUCGCACGGACAUGGAGUAUGAGCUCUGUCUCCUGGGCGCCACGGCCGUCUUCACCGCCGCCAAAUACGAGGAGCGGGGCACCAGAUUCAAGGUGAACGCCGCGAAAAUUGCCGACGACUGUGGGUUCGCCACAAGCAAGGAGGUGACCGACAUGGAGUGCAAGAUGUUUUUUUUUUUUUUUUUUGCGGGAAUGGAGUGCAAGAUGUUGGCGGCGCUCCGGUACGAGCUCAGCGGACCAACGGCCUACACGUUCGUGGACCACUUCACCAGGUACAGCAACGGAGAGCGCGAGCUGGAGGUUCAGAGGUUGGCGCAUCAGCUCGCCGAAACAUCGCUGGUGGACUACAGAUGCCUGCAGCUCAUGCCGUCCGCCGUGGCGGCGUCGGCGGUCUUUCUCGCCAGGCUGAUCUUGAACCCAAUGGCCAGCCAGGUGCAGAAGUGGAACAGGGAAUUCACAGAGCUGACAGGGUACAAGCCCACAGACCUCAUCCUUGGCAUUCAGUCCUUGUACAUGAUGAAUCCCGAUCCUCGCUUCGUGAUCUUGCCAGAGUUCUUGUAA